AUAUUCCCAAACAUGGCUGCUGACUUUAGGUUGUAAGGAUCCCUCUCAAAUCUUAUGUUUUUCCGUUUCCACGAUGGCAAAGUGAAGUCUUCCGUUUUUCAUCCAAGAAGUUUAUCCUUGAACAUUUGAAAGUUUAAAAAAAUAGCUGUUCGUCGUGGUGUUUUGAGAAGUUUUUCUUUUCACGUGUCAUUCGACGUACGUCACGCUCACUAAUGAAUGGUUCGUCUUACAUUAUCCACUGGCAAAAAAAUAAGAACAUAUACUUUGUGUUGGGUUGAAUCAUUUAUGGUGCGAUUGGCUUGCCAUGGGAUCAGAAUGUAGUGUUGAAAAGGAUUACGAGCUGGAUGAACCUGUCGAAUGUAAUAGCAAAGAAUGGAGUAUUUACACAGCGAGAAGGAGUCAAGAUGGCCUCAAAGUUACUGUUUUUGUCCAUGAGAAGAAAGGGAAGGAAAAGAAUAGGGAUUAUGAAAGGAUUUCUAAAGCUGCACAGGUAAGGCAGAUUAUACCGGGUAAUGAGUCACGUCAUGUCACGUCAGCCUUAGAGGUUUUGCCUGAAAAAACAACGUUCGUUAAUGAUGUACGUCCACUGAAAGUCUGAUCAUCCUUGUGAGGGUAACUCUGAAAGCAACUGUCGUUAAUUUUCGUGAUUGAAAUUUGCAAAACCUUAUAAGUCGUCAUCAAAAUCAAGUCAGGUUACAGUCAGGCAAUUGACUUUGAUGAUAUGUUCCUUUGAUGUUGUGGGCAGAAACAUCAGUAUCUUACAUAGUAUACUGACAACAGUCUAUUUCAGGACUUCCCUCACCCAUGCUGGAUGAUCAACUACAUGAUGCACUGUCAUUCCCUGCUUCAAACCAUUUAUUGUUACAAAAAAAUCAGUCAUUGUGCAACGUAGUUGUACAGGAAAUGCCAACUAAUCUAACCUGUAAAAAGAAAUAUCUUGUGCCCAGAGCCAAAAAGGAAUUUUAACUCAAUGGGCAGUAAUGUUGCAAUCUGAUUGGUGAGUUUGCUGUUGUCAAUAAGACUACAGACAGUACUGCUGGCACAAACCUGUCAUGCAAUGCCUUUCACCCUUUUACUCCCAGAUCAAAUUUGUAAUUCUCCUUACUCUCAACCAUACCAUUCUUAUAAUAUAAGUUCAGAGAAUUUAGUAUUGAAUCGACUAAUUAUCCCCAGAUUGAUAUUUUUCUUUAUUCUCAUCACUUAUUUGGUUGAUACAGUAUUGAUAUAGUAAGGAGAGAUUCUGUCUUGGUCACUCAUGGGAGUUAAAGGGUUAACAACUCUCAAACAUGAAUGACUGUUUAUCUGACAUAGAUAUUGUAGUAAAAAACAAAUAGACAGUGGUUUAGAGUGGUGUUUACUCUUAUUGACGAUGAUAUUUCUUACACUAUGGUCAAAAUUUUUGUUGAGCACUGAAUCAGCUGCAUCUUGCGAUUCCACAACAUUUUGACUACUGUGAUGAAUAUCAUCGUCAACAAGAUUACAGAUGAUGUUAAACCACUGUCAAUGGGUCAAUUUUGUAAUGAUAUCAAGGAGUUUCAUUAAGAGAAGGUUACCAGUGGUCUACCUUAGCACCAUCUGUUUUGCUGGAGAGCAGGCUCUUGUGAUUGGUAUUAGCUUACUAUGCCAUUUCCUGGCAUGGGCGCUUACCGUGCCAUCCACAGCUGCUUAUGAGUUAUUAAAACCCCUGAUAUCAUUACUAAUUCAUGAUAAAUGAUUAAAAAUGAUUAAGGAUAAAUCAUGACACAAAAUUUUUCUUAUCAUCACAAUACAAUAGUUUCACUGGGGAAAGAGGAAAGAGAUAAUCAUUUUUACAUGCAUAACUUAAUGUCUCUUUUUCAGUGUCUCAAAACUCUUAAACAUCCAGCCAUUCUUAAACACCAUUGGUCCUAUGAUAACUCAGAAGAGUUUUGUAUGGUGACAGAACCAGUCAGGCCUUUAGAAUCUGUUAUAAAGAGUUUAGACACAAUGGAGAUAAUUGCUGGACUCUAUAAUGUUGUUGAAGCUCUAGUAUUUUUGCAUGAGAGGGUAAGUCCAAGAGUUAUUUCAUGCUUUUGCCAGAGAGUGAUCUGUUUUAAGUUCUUAUUUUUAGUACCUGUGUUGAGAUUGUUUUAGUAUUAUUUGAUUGAUGUUAAUCCUUAGUUCAAACAUUGGCAGUAGUUGAAAUGUCACUUUCCUCUUUUUCAAACUGAUUGUUAUAUCUUGCCAUUUCCAAGGACUAAGAAAACUGUUAUAACCAGUUGCAACUUAACACAACUGCCGAACUAAAAUAUUCACUUGGCAAACUCUCUAUAUACUGAAGUCACACUAAAGUCACACACUUAAUUAGCACAAAAACAAACCUAAGAAUGAAACUGCACCCUAACACAUAAACUGUUCUGCUAGCAAAAUAAACCUUCCUUUCAUGAUGCUAACUAAUUUUAUGGGUAGCAGAACAUCACAAUACAAAUAUCAGUGCUCUCAGCUGAAAACUUCUGGUCAAAAAUGUUUGUCAGAAAAAUAUCUAAUCUUGAGGCACUGCCCUUUCUCCCUGGUACAUGUAGCUGAGGUUAGUAAGAAGUUAGCCCCACAAGUACUACCAUUAAAAUUAGGCAAGGAUUCCUCAGAAACUUUUCAACAUGUGUAACUUGCUUGCUCAAGCGGAAAAUAAUUAUUUAGGACCUACCCUUUUACAAAUGUUUAUAAAAGUGGGUGUUUCAAUAAGUGUGUGGCAGGUUGGCUCUCCAUGUCUUCAACAGACAUUUUGUAAUUAAAAUAAGAUGCUAUUGUGUAUAAUUCAGAGGGCAACUUUGCCCGUUAUGAACUGGACAAUUGUGUAAGGUAAGGUCUCACAAGCUCACCCUGUUAAAGCUCAUUCCAGUUUUGUUAACCCUUUCACUCCCAAGAUCAUUCCAAUUUUUGAUGUUAGUUCAGAGAAAGAUCAACUAAUAAUCCCAUGAUUGAUAUUCUUCUCUAUUCUCAUCACCUAGGCUUGAUAUUGUAUUGAUAUUGUAAGGAGAAAUUCUGUCUUGUUACUUGUGGGAGUGAAAGGGUUAAAAGAAGGGUUUAUCGCUCCUCACAAGGGUUUAUAACUCUAACUCUGUUCAGAUGCAUAUUCUAUGAUGGUUUGUAACAUUCUAUUCUUGAAAUUUUAAGGGUGGUCUGUCACACAACAAUGUCUGCAUGUCGUCUGUGUACGUAAGUGAUAAUGACUGGGGAUGGAGACUUGGUGGAAUGGAACAUGUCUGCAGAUUUUCUGAAUUGACAAAUGAGGUAAAAUUAUGUGAAAUUUUUUUUGUAACAUUAUGUCCGUAGAUUAAUUUACAUCUCAUGAGAGAGAGAUGGAAUUUCUUCUUUCUAGAACAGUUUAAAAGAUGUAUUAUUACACUUCUAGCAAUUACAUGUAUGUGAAAUUGUAAAUUAUGGCAAUGUAGUACUGUCUAAAAUUUUCCUAUGUCAAAAUUGAAUUUACUUUUAUUAAUAAUGGAGGAAAAAAAUGGUCAACUUUUAUAAUCUUUCAAUGAAACAGCUCGUUAAUCCAUAGUUUUAUUUGUGAUGGAUAUGAAGGCAAAUUUCAAUAAUCCAGUUAUCUCUUAAUUUGUUCUGGUUUGUUCAUUGACUCUUUCUGUCCCUCACUUGGUAUUUUCUAUAAGCAAGAUGAUUUUGCAUAAAUUAAUUAAGAAAGUGCUGUAGUGGUUCUAAAGACAUUUGGGGUAACAGCUAGGAUAAAUUGACCAACUUCAAAAGACAUUCAGGGCAACAGGUAGGAUAAAUUGACAUGAUCAAAAGUGUUAAAUGAAGAUCCUAUCUACAUAAGUUAAGAACUAAAUGUGUACUAGAAUAUUUAGCUUUGUUUUUAGUUUACCCCUCUAACUUAAUUGGUUUGUAAUUCAUUCUCCAACCUGUGUAUAGGAAUUUAACAUAUUGUGAAUAAUUUUAUUGCAAAAUUGAUGUAAUGUGUUUCUUGUCUCUCAAGUUUUUGUCAGGAACAAGAGCACAAAGGGACACCAAGUCUAUUUCUCCAGAAGAAAAGGUUAUUCCUGCUUCAAGUAACUUGUAUUUUACCAAUAGGGUGUUGUCUCUUGAAACUAUGACUGUACAAUGCCUAGCAUUAGAAGCUAGGAAUUAUUCCUGUAUCAGUAAGGCCAGCAAUACUGCAAUGGCUGUCCAUAACUGUUAAGUAAAUAGCUUACUUUUUUGGCAAUGAAGACCUAAGUCACCUCAGUGCCCUAACCAUUAACCCUUUUUAUCCAAACAUCAGGAUGCAUAUUCUCCAUUCUGUUUUCUAUACAUUCCUAAGGGGCUAACAAGUAGAAUUUUUUCAACAAUCAAGAGCUUCUGUAGCUGGUGAUCAUUUCCUUUAUUCUUGCAACCUUAAUGUUUGAUUCAGGGGUGUUAUGGUAUGGAGAAAUUAGAUGCCAGUCACUCUUAGGGGUUAAAGGGUUAAAAUUCCAAGAUCUGAUUUUUGAUUCUCCCUUCUAGCUGCUAUACAUUUCCUUGAAUUUGGUGUUAGAUCAAGAUAAAUACCUUUACCUAAUAUGUUUGAGUAUUCUCAUUAUCUGUUUGCUGGAUAAUGUACAGAUAUUAUAGGGAGAAGUUACGUGUUAACAUGGGAGUUUAAAGGUUAUUAUAGUGUCAACAACAUCACUGAUCAAUUAGCAAUCACCACCAUAACCCCCAAACUUUCUUUACUAGUAUCUCUACUAAAACUUCUUGAUUUACUGCCUCUUUUGUCAGGAUGGUCGAGUAAAUGUUAGUCUUAAGACAGGUCAUGCCCUUGAUGCUUAUGGCUUUGGUAUGUUUGUCAGUGACAUCUUGGACACUCGUACAGAUUUAGGUAACUAUUUAUGUUUCCUUCGAAUUGACGAUAUUGAAAAAUUGCAAUUUUAUAAUGUUGAACUAAGGAGAGGAAAAUGUUUAUUCCAUUAGUCCAUAACUAUGAUCUGAUCUAUUCACAUGGAAUGCUGAAGUCAGUUAAUUAACACCUGUGAUACAUGUAUCGUGUGAACCUUUGUUCCACUCUAAAUCCUGAAAAUGUUGAAUCAGUUUUUUUAUACAAAUUUUGAUUCCCAGGUCUUUUUUUUCCAACAAAUUCAGGCCAUGAAAGGUUGCCAAUGGUUUUUUUAACCAACUGCAGCACAAGCAUAAGUUUGUUCAUUCAACAUGUGAUUCCCGUCUAACCUCAAAACAGACCAUUCCUUUUCACAUUUAUUUGUUUUUGCACUCAAUGAAUAUCUUUAAUUUAUCUCCUCCAAGGAGAUGCAGGUGAAAAUUUUGGAGAAAAGAUGCAGAGUUUAUUUCUUCAUGAGAAUCCUCAGGUAUAUAUAUAUAUAUAUAUUUUUAAUGCUCUGGAUACAUUUUAUUGUUGGUUUUAAUUAGUGGGUUUCCGUUCAUUUUAAUUUUAUGGAUUUAAACAAUACUUCAUCAACAUCGUGUAGGAAUUUAAUGAAACUGCUACAUUGAGUGGCUCUUCUACUUUUAAAUUCAUAAUUUUUUUUCUUUUUCCUGGUGUUGACAAAAUUGUUACUAACUUCUUGAGGGGAAAUAGGUAAAUCUGUUUUUAUGUUGAGUGGAGAAUUGACAACCACCUACGAAUGGGAGACAUACUAACUACUUUUUCUGCUUAUUGCGGCAUUUAUGUAGUUUUACACGCCAUACACAGAUUUUUUUAUUAAAUAAAUAGCCAUUGUGAUAUUUGCUUCACUUUUUUUUAUUAAAUAAAUGCCCACUGUGAUAUUUGCUCCCCUUUUUUAUUGAAUAAAUACCCACUGUGAUAUUUGCUCCACUUAGUCAGCUGCGACAGUCAUACUUUUUUUACAACCACUCUACACAACAUGAUUUUUAUCAUGGUCCAUGCAGUCAUUAGCUGAUGAUACAACCACAUUAUGAAUUACGUAAUUUGAACCAUUUGAGGCCAACAACAGAAACAAAUGUCACCUUUGUAUUUGAUGAUUGUGAGCAAAAACUGUAUCAAGUCUUCAAGCUUAUCUUGUUUUGCUUGUGUUUUUAAAACUAUCUUGUUAAGGUGGCAUGACAACUUCUUUGUUUGUGAGCUUCAGACAUUUUAAAUUAUUUUAAUAAUCAGUAAUAAUUAUUCUAGUUUAUUAUGAGGGUCUGUAGGCUAAAAGUUGCUUACCUUGUGCAUACACAAGUUGAGUCAUCUCCAUCUCAAUCACAGUUUCCUCCAAGCAGUUACACAUUUUAUGUGUUUAUGUAUGCAGUUCGUGUAUUAAUGUUCACUUGCGUUCUUGAUAUAUGUUCCAGAUGCGGCCUCAGUUUUCCAGUCUUCUUGAUGAUGAAUUCUUCAGGUUUGUCAAAGCUAAUCUUAUUUUAUCUGAAAUUUUGGUUAGGAACUUCAUAGCAAAGGAAUAAAACGGUUUAUACAUUCCCUGAUAGAUGGCAGAAGUGGAGAAAACGUUCUCAAUUUGAUAAAAAAUGACCAAGAGUUCUUAGUCAAUGUCCUAGGAAAGUAACAAGACUUUGAGAAAGUUUUUCAAAAUGUUGAUGCCUCAAAUUAAACUAAAAAUUUACACCACACCGUUUUUUAAAAUGAUUUUCAGUGAAGGCGAUAAUGAUCUUCACCUUUUCUAUCUUAAAAAGACUUUGAUGAAUUUUAUUUAAUUUUAGUCCCCGACCACUACCUACCUUAGAGAAAUGUAUAUCCCUUCAACAUGAAAAUCAUUUUAAAUUGCAUAAUUUGAAAUUUGUGAGAUUUUAAUUAUAGGGCAUUUUUAAUAUUAUUAGGAGCGGCUUUCUGGAGAUAAUGACAUUUCUUAACCAAAUAACCAUUAAAACUGAUGUUGAGAAAGAAAAAUUCUUCAGGUAUGGAAGUUACCUAUAAGUUUCAUUACGGGAGGUAAAGUUUAACCCUUAAAACCAAUGGGGUGACCUGUUUCCCGGAGUUUGCCCUUUAUGUCAAUUAUCCCCUCUAGCUGUGAUACGUUUGAGAGUUCUCACUGCCAGCUAUGUUACCUUUUUAAUCUGUCACGAAUCACUUACUAUUUAGUACAGACGCGAAGUGCGAUGUGUAGGGAAAAGGCAGGAUUGAAAGCCUUCUCCCCCCCCCCCAAUUAAUUCUUUCUCUCAGCCUCACCCCUAGCUGUAAGGGUUCAGGGUUUUGGCAUGGUAGGUUAUUUAACCAAGGGUGUGUUCGUUUCAGUUCUCUUGCCUACAAGUUGACAACAAUUCCACCAAGGCUUGUUGCCAAGCGAAUGCUUCCGAGAUUGAUGUCGAGAUUUGUUCUGGCUGACCCUAGUGCAGAGAAAAAUUUCCUCCCUCAUCUCCUGACUCCUAUCAAAGGUAAAGUGUUGUUUAUUACCCAAAACGCACCCAUCGUCGUUUACAGCGAGGUUUUUGGUGAAACGCAAUGUUGCAAGUGGAAGUUAACCUAAUUUUGCUCACGGAAAAUCACAGAUAAAAUCUGCAAGAAUUUACUAAAUUGAGAGCUGAGAGAAACUCUGUUGGAAAAUACCAACUGAGUUUUUUUAUGUUUAUUUAACGGUGACUUAUAAGUCACCGUAAAAUAAAUUGAUCCAACGGAAUUCCAGCUGAAUUAUUCUAACUGUUCUAUUCUGUUCUGUUGGAUAAUUCAGUGGUUCAUGAAAGAACUGAGGAAAACGUUUUAUCUCAUCAGAUACAGGAUAAAUUUCACUAUUUGUAAUAUCGUUGCUAUAUACUACAAUUUGCCUUUCACACAGGUUGUCAUUUAUAUUCCUUGUUCUUGUUCUCGCCGUAUCACGGAUCGAGUCCUACAAUCUGCGUCAUUCCUUGUCAUCUGUAGCUAUGUUUUUUCCCUCCUUGCGGUUUAUUUAGCAUGUCUGAAGUGCCUCCCUCUUGUUUUAUCUAUCCUCAAAUGUAAAAUAAUCCUGUGCUCAUCAUACAGAAAUCAUCCCAGAAGUGAUAAUGCACAAUGCAAUGAAGGUUUACUUAAAACUUUGUGUAGCGCUUUUAUGCGAGGGAGAUCCUCGUUUGGCUAAGGCCUGUAUUUUUGAAGAGUGUUCUUCACGUCUAUUUGCCCGUAUUGGAGGGUUUCCGUAACUCUUCUAAUAUCAGGAAUUUUUUAUGUGUGGUAAUCAAUUUUAAAUGCUGAAUAAUCCAUUUACCUCCAGAUGGUAAUGAUGCUGAUUACCAGUCAAGCAACCUCUCUCCAGUUCUCCCAGACGAACUGUUCAGGUAAUGGUUUCUUUUUUCUGUGGGGCUACCACAGACCACCCAAACUAUCAAAAUGUAGCAGGUUUUAGCUUUUAUUCAGUGUACCUCAUUUCAACGACGGGUUUUUCCAACGUAGGGAGGAUUUCUUAAUUUUCAGUAUUCUUCUAGAAGUUAAGGAUCUAUAAAGCUUUUUAUGCACUUUUCAGUUUCUUGAGUUUUCCAAAAUCUUUUCAAAGGACAUAGAGCAACAUGAAUAAGUAACAUUUAUAUGUUUCUCAUUUAAUAUUUGUCUUUCAUAUUUUCAAGCCAUUUUGCUAAUUUAACUUGAGAAGGUCGUUGGGGCCUUGAGGCUUCCUCAAAAUCUUUGUUGGCAGAUUUUCUCGAUUUCUCUUUAAAAAAAUCCAAGCAGUCAAAUUGUGUUUAAGUAAAAAGGUGAAAUAUACUCCUGGUGUGCAGUACUCACUGUGGCAAACAGAGACAUUUUGCUAAUAGAGUGCUUUUCGAUUUAGUGCCGUAAAACCCAAACCGAGGUUACCCUAACGGCCGUUUCAAUUAAAAAAAAAAAAAAACGGAAAAUAGAUUAGAACCAAAGCAAAUCAAGUAAGCCGCGUGAGACGCGGGAAAUCGCGAGUUAUCAAAUAGCGAUCUGGCUUAGUCUUGAAUUUGAUUGACUGAGAGAAAGGUGCGAGUUAGCUGGGCCGAUCAGAGAGCAAAGGUAAGCAAAACAAACUGAAUCCAAGAUUACUUUCUACACUUAAUUAAAAAUUGCUUUAACUGGUUAUCUCCUUUUAGAGAACACUGUAUUCCCAUUUUAAUGACUCUAUGGUCCAUCAGGGACGGACAUGUCCGGAUGAUUCUUCUCAAAUAUUUUGGUCUCUAUGCCACCUCUUUUGAGGAAGAAGUUCUGGAAAAUUUCAUUCUACCUCAGGUAUGGUUUUACUGCAGUAGAGAUUUAUAGCUACUGAAAGACACUGUGCCGGAGUUUAGUAUCAAAUUCUGAACACGGUACACCAGAUAUCCUUGAGACGCCUCUCACUAUUCCUUUCGCUAGCUUGAAAUUUGUAUAGCGAUAUAGCUGACAGCUGUUGGAGCUGCCUUAGUGAAGUUUUCCUACCUGGAAGAUAUGUUUUGCUUUCCUCAAAAUGCCGACGCACGAAAAGCAUUUACGUCAAAGCAGGAGUUCGGUUACAAUCGAAUUCAGGUUACCCAACCGCCAACCACCUUGCCAGUUCGCCCCCUAAAGUAAAACAGUUUCGCCCCCACCUUUACCAUUUUGCCCCCAAAUCUUUCAGCUAGUUAAGGUGUAGGGGCGAACUUCCUUUGAUACAGAAGGCGAGCUCGCAAAGGUGGUCGGGACGAACUUGCAAUGAGGCGGAACCUCCCGAUAGAUGAUAGAAUAUAAGAACGGGAAAACGUAAAACUGACAGCGGAUCGCAAAGUUCUCGCGUUAUCGCCUCUCGUGUUCUACGUUUUGCUGCUCAACGCUUUCAAGCGCGCACACGAGAAAAAUUGUAGCUACGCAGGCUACAGCUUGUUUGAACGAGAAGCCAAAUUGCGCACCAUUGUGCGAAUACGACGACCUUAAGGCUCUGAAUAUUUGAUUAUAAAAGCAGGAUUUACCCUUUUAACGGGCUUUUAGACUUAGAAUGUGACGCGCCUCUCAAGUCGUUUGGAACACGAAAACUAUAAGAAUGAGGUUGGGGGGGUCGAUAACUUACAGAUGAUUGGCAAGGUACUUCUCGUUACAAUAUCAAUGUAGUAAUCAGCAAAAAGGGGAUGAAGCUGGACUAAAUUAUCUGCUAGAGGGUGUGGUCUAGAAGUAAAACUAAAUUGUCCCAACUAAUUUACAAGGAUAAGUAUAGCAACAGAAAGGGAGAAAAUCGAAACAGUUUGGAGGAGUCAUACGGGUUAUGAGACCGUCGUAAGGUGGUGUUUCAUUGUAUACCAAAAUGCUCUUUCUUUUCUCCCUGCCUUUUCUUACUAUAGCAGAAAAUUGCUUUUCUAUCAAAACUGUAACAUAGUGUUGCUUCUUUGUUGAACCACAAUUUUGAUUUUUUAAAUGUUUUUCCUGCAGAUGUUGAUUGGUUUGCGAGAAACAGAUGAUAGAAUAGUUGCAGCUACAUUUUCUGCCCUAUCAAUCAUGGUACCCGUGUUAGGAGCGAAUGUUGUUGUCGGUGGAGAGAGAAAAAAGUACUUCAUCGAAGGGAGACCUAAGGUAUAAACCAAUUGAAAUGAAAACGGGAAGUCCCUACGCUCGCUUGGGAAUAGAAGCUGAAGUCCCUACGCUCGCUUGGGAACAGCAGCUGAAGUCCCUACGCUCGCUUGGGAACAGCAGCUGAAGUCCCUACGCUCGCUUGGGAAUAGAAGCUGAAGUCCCUACGCUCGCUUGGGAACAGCAGCUGAAGUCCCUACGCUCGCUUGGGAACAGCAGCUGAAGUCCCUACGCUCGCUUGUGAACAGCAGCUGAAGUCGAUACGCUCGCUUGGGAACAGCAUCUGAAGUCCCUGCGCUCGCUUGGGAACAGCAGCUGAAGUCCUUACGCUCGCUUGGGAACAGCAGCUGAAGUCCCUACGCUCGCUUGGGGACAGCAGCUGAAGCUCUUGGGAACCACGUUCCUACGCUCGCUUGGGAACAGCAGCUGAAGUCCCUACGCUCGCUUGGGAACAGCAGCUGAAGUCCCUACGCUCGCUUGGGAACAGCAGCUGAAGUCCCUGCGCUCGCUUGGGAACAGCAGCUGAAGUCCCUACGCUUGCUUGGGAACAGCAGUGUCUUUUAGCAAUCUGUAUAAUUGUUUGUAACAACCACGAAGUAAGAGAGAGGUGGAGAGAGGGGGAGGAGAUUUACUAUAGUUAUUGUCAGUCUUUGACGUUUCGUGUUUUGUUUUUCUUUUCAGUUUAACAGUUCUGAGAGCAUGCCUACCAGUAAGUUCCUGUAAUCCAGGCAUAUUGUCUCCUGUCUAAAUAACGUACGCCUAUUUCAGCUUUAAGCUCUUUUUUCUUCGUUUUCUUAUCAUGAUGUUUCAGUCAUGAUCAUAACCAUUUUCGGUUUUUGUCCUUAUGGACCAGUAAUUAUUUACCGCAUGGGACUGGUCGGGAGGAGAUCACAUGGUUUUCAGGAGGGGAAGAUGCGGGGGGGGGGUUCGGUGGAUUUUGGGAGAUCACAUGGUUUUUUGGGGGGGAAGAUGGGGGGUUCGGAGGAUUUUGGGGAGAUCACAUGGUUUUCAGAGAGAGAAGAAGGGGGGGGGGGGAAAUCGGUCGUCACCAACGGAGUCUAAAGGGGGAAUUUUGGAAAAUCGACUGCCCCCCCAUCUUCCCCAUCCCCUUAGACGAAAAAAAACGACCAGCAGCCUUCACUUGCUUUUCAGUAUCUACAAAUAAUGUCAUGAAGGAAAAGAAGAUCAGCAACAUUGGUCCCACAAAUGUCAGUGGAGUCAUCGACUUUGAGAACAAGUUGAGCCCAGAAUCAGACGUAACUGUACAGACAUCCACACGUAAUACUAACGACCAAAUUCGAAAUCAGGAAAGGGAAAAACGGAGACAAGAAAUGGAGAAGAGGAAAGACGAGAGGAAAAAAGAGAUGGAACGGCGCAGAUUGGAACGAGGGAAACAAAGAAUAGCUAAACAGUCGUCUCCUAAGAGAUUUACAGAUUUAGUUGUCCCACAAGGGGACCCUGAUCAGGGAGAAUUUGAACAAUGGGAAGAACUUGAUGAGUCCCCAAGCUCCCCGCGGUCAGACGUAACGGUAAGGGAACAUGAAUAGAAGUUACUUUCAUUUUAUACCGUUAGAAGAGCACCGACUUUGUAUUUUUAGAGACAACUUCACGGAUCAAAGCCAUAAAAGAAAAAAACUAACAUGUUUAAGACUGUCGAACAUGAAUUUAAAAAAGGCCGUUAUUAGUAAGGCUUAUCCCCAAAUACUUUGUAACUGUGUCGUUUUUUGGAGGCUUAAUCUUGUUUUCGCUCCACCCGUAAGUGAACCUUUUCAUUUUGCUUCGCAUUUUCGAGCUAUAAGAGAAAUUUACCGGUUGUAAUUCACACCAUGUUUGCGCAAAAGCAUUACAUUGCGUGUUGACAUUCCUACCCUAGCAGUAUGCAGGAAGUUUAUCACCGUCACAAUUGACCUUACCUCCUAUAGCUUAGUGCUAGAGCAUCCAAAUUACUAAUUGGUAGGUCGGAUGGUUGUAGGUAUGGCUCUUGAUGGCAACACCCCGAGUUCUUUUUCGAGUGUGCUUUGUCGUUUACCGAAUAACAUCAUCUUUCAUAUUGUAGAAUGUAGAUGGAACUCAUCAAUCAUUUUCUGAAUUGGUUUAAGCAAGUUUUAUAUUCAUAUAAGAACAGUACCAGUAGUUGCACAGAGAUGGUAAUGAAGGAUUUUCAUCGACUAUUAAUUUUUGCUAUUUUUUGUUUCUAGAGCAGUCGUUCAAGCCAAGCAACUGCUGAGCAUGGUGUUAACUACUGGAGUGAUGAUCAGAGUGUUACCAGCGAACAGGACAAAUUAGAAACGAACAACGUUGAUGUUAAUAUCUCCCUGCAAGCGGGGAAAUCAAACGAACCUUCCUCUCUCUCUCGCAAUAAAGAGAGCUAUCCAUCGAAAUCUAGUGCGCCGACGCACUCGAACGCAUUAAAACUUGGUUCUAAAAAAUCUUCAACUAAAACAGAGAAGUCUUCGAAAUCAAGACGGCGAAGUGAAGAGAGACUGGGUAGUGAAUUUGAAAUCACGCGAAUAGAAGUUCGCUCAAGAGAGCCCGAUUACUUCGCUGAUAUGGAGCCGUCAGUGACUUUUAAGGAGAAAAAUUCAGAUGUUCAACCCGGAAAAUCCCAAGGCGCAGGACUAAGUUCUAAAUUGGCGAUGGUGGAAGAUACAUCACAGGUAUGGCUUAGAGAUUGGGUGGCCUGUGCACGGGCUCGUAUUUGAGAAUGAGUGGAUAACCUGUGAAUACUUUAGUUCAGGGCCCAGUUCUUCAAAGAGCGGACAGCGCUCUUCGCCGUUUCUGUUUAGUUGCGGAAUAGCGUUAGCCAUCAUUCGAACCUCCGGGGCUAGGUGUAUAGAGAAAGAAAACAUCGACUUGAUCUGCUUGUCAACAGGGUUUUUACUCGCAAUUUUUUGCUUUGCUGUCAACGCGAACAAACUGGUGUACCAUAGAAAAGUGAUUUUCUUGGACUUAAGAUAAGGGAUAACUUGGUCUAGGGAUUAACGAAUAUGCUUCUUUUAAAUCCUUCGAAAACUAAGUCCAGAGUAAUCGCGGUUUUUUUUGUUUCUCUCUCUAAGAACCUUAACGUUAUGACUGCCGUACACCUGCCUUAGCGCCCUUCCUUAGCCUUUCAUCUCGCGCUUUGGCAAUCUUGUCAUUAGAAGUCAAGUUACGUCUCCUGUGGUAUGGUUAAAGUAUCAUAACAGUUGUUUGUUUCAGUGUUAAAAUGAGACUCUCUUUUCUUACUUUUUUUCAGGUGGAAAGUGGCUGGGGUGAUGAAUGGGAUGGUUUUGAUUAGCGAGGAGUUCUUUUAAAAUUUAUUUCAAUCUCCCCUUGAUCAGGUCGUAGGAUUUUUCAACAAACGAUUGAUCAAUUUGACAUUCUCCCAAUUCUCUUUGGUGGAAGGUUGAAGAAAAUGCAUCAAAAUUGUUUGUUUUCAAAUAAAAACACAGUACUGUGAUCAUUCAAAAUCACAACGAAAGAGCUGUGGGUCCCAUCUACACCGAGGCGAUUUUGUUUCAAAACACAUCCUUUUUAUGCGUUUUUGCCGAACAUCCAAACAAAAAGGAUCCAAAAAGGCUCAUGAAAACGGGGCCUUUUGAAAACAGCUUAGAGAAAGGAGUGUUUUGAAAAGCAUCGUUUUUGAAACAACUCCUUUUCUUGUGUUGAUAAGUGAAAGUGUGGCCCUUGUUAAUAUCGACCGCAAGAAAAAAAAGGACUCGCAAUCCUUAAUUUUUCCGAUAUGUACACCUUUUACCAUUUUAUCAAUGUGUCAUUCUUCGCGGUGACUGUUAAUUUAAUUCCUUUUUCAAAUCUAUUUUCCUCUGCUAUAGGUUUUAUUGAAUUUGCAAACAGAAAUUUUAUCG